CACCGUGACCAACGCGGACCCCAAAGCCGCCCUAUGAGCCGCCCCUCCCCCCCCCGGCAGCUGCACCAAGACGGUCAGCACCGCGGCCACCCCGUCCUCCGUGGGCUCCAAGGUCACCGCCCCCACCCCGACCCCCACCCCGACCCCCCGCCUUUGGGGGGGGACCCCCACGGGACCCCCGCUGCGACCCCUGGAGGACCACGGCCCUACAACUCCUCCAACACCGACACCGAGACUUCCGCCAACACCUCCGACACCACCCAGACCUCCAACAGCUCCACCAACACCUCCGACGCCACCCAGACCUCCAAGACCUCCAACACCUCCACCGAGACCUCCACCAACACCUCCAAUAACUCCAACACCACCAACAGCUCCACCUACACCUCCAACAACACCUCCACCAACACCUCCAAUACCUCCAACACCGACACCAAGGCCUCCACCAACACCUCCAACACCAGUACUGCCUCCUACACAACCAACAGCACCACCAACACCACCAACAGCUGCACCAACAGCUCCACCGCCUCCAAGACCUCCAGCACCACCAACACCGAGACCUCUGACACCAACCCCACCAACAACACCUCCACCAACACCUCCACCAACACCCCCAGCCCCACCAACACCUCCACCAGCUCCAGCACCACCAACCCCACCACCAGCACCACCACCACCUCCGGUCCCACCACCGCCAGAAGUCCCCACACCACCACCGGUCCCUCCAGCAACCCAACCACCACCACCACC